AUGGAGAACCACACAUCUGCUAUAGAAUUCUAUCUUUUACCAUUUUCUAUGAAAGCCGGUGAUGAACCCGUCAUUUUCUGUAUUUUUUUCGGAAUAUUCCUGUUUGGAGUGAUGGUGAAUGCAGUUAUAAUCAUAGUUAUAUGUUUGGAUUCACGUUUACACACCCCCAUGUAUCUGUUCCUCUGUAACUUGUCCUUUGUAGACGUGUGUUACACAACAGUAACUGUCCCCAAACUGCUGGAUAUAUUACUUUCUGGGAAUCACACAGUUUCCUACACACAAUGCUUCACACAGAUGUACUUUUUCUUCAUAGCUGCUCUAACCGAGUUUACCCUUUUAUUUGUGAUGAGUUACGACCGGUACAUUGCAAUCUGUCAUCCCUUACACUACCAGCAGAUACUGAGCAAGAAGGUCUGCACCCUGCUGGUGGCUUUGAUCUGGCUGUGUGCAUGUGUAAACUCAAUGUUGUGCGUAUUUUCAGUUAUUAAAAUGUCCUUCUGCCAUUCUGUCACCAUCCACCAGUUCUUCUGCGAUGCCAAAGCUUUGAGUGACAUCUCCUGCUCUGGCUCCAGCAUGUUCUAUAUCGUCACCUAUAUUAACAUAGUGCUAUUUAUAGGUUGUCCAUUCUUGAGCAAUGUGAUGUCCUAUAUAAAAAUUAUCAGAGUUAUAUUGCACAUUAAAUCAAAGGAAGGAAGAAGAAAAACUUUCUCCACCUGCUCAUCCCACCUCACCGUCAUGAUCAUCUUCUACGCUAACUGCAUGUGUGUAUACUUGAUGCCUCCCUCAGACCAUCCCAUUGUCCUAGAGCAGGUCUUUACUGUGCUGUAUACAACGGUGGUUCCCAUGGUAAAUCCUCUUAUAUAUAGCCUACGCAAUAAUGAAAUAAAGAGAGCUCUUCAGAGAUUAGUGGCAUUGCCGGUAAGCCACUCAUUAAGCCAUACUUAG